UUGAAAUUUCCUUCAACUGAUCUCCUUUCUUCUUCAACUGCAUUGUUUAGAUUGGCAUCAACAGCUAUACAUAGCUUACACGCAGACGAGGAAAAGCGAGAGAGAGUCAGAGAGAAAUGGCUGAAGAGACAACAACUUCACUUCAAAGAACACCAACAUGGGCUGUGGCUACUGUUUGUUUCGUCUUGAUAACACUUUCCAUUCUUAUCGACCAUUUACUUCAUCUUUUAGCUCAGUAUUUUAAUAAGAGGAAGAAGAAGUCCCUUAUUCAAGCUCUUGAGAAGAUCAAAUCAGACUUGAUGCUCUUGGGUUUCAUGUCAUUGCUGCUGACUGUGAGUGAAAAGCUUAUUGCAAAUAUUUGUAUCCCAACCAGCGUAGCUGAAACUUUUCUGCCUUGCGGAAGAACCGAUUCAGAUUACUUUAGUGAAGAAGAACUCAAAUGUCAGGAACAGGGAAAGGUGUCUUUGCUUUCAAGGGAAGCUGUAAGGCAACUUCAGUAUUUGAUAUUUGUUCUGGCCUUUUUCCAUUCUUCAUCUUGUGUCCUCACAUUCGGUCUUGGCAUGGCCAAGAUGAGGAGUUGGGGAUCUUGGGAGUCUGAAACAAGGACAAUAGAAUAUCAAUUUACAAAUGAUCCAAGAAGGUUCCGGCUGUUUCAUCAAACAUCAUUUGGGAAGCGACACCUUAAAUUUUGGAGUGAAAACAGAUUACUUCGUUGGCCGGCAUAUUUUCUGAGACAAUUUUAUGAACCUGUCUCCAGAACAGAUUAUUUAACCCUCAGACAUGGAUUUAUUAUGGCUCAUUUUGCAGGAAAUAACUUUGACUUCCAAAAAUACAUAAAAAGAGCUUUAGAAAAGGACUUUGGAGUGGUCGUUGGAAUGAGCUUCUGGAUUUGGAUAUUCUCCGUUCUUUUCAUCUUCUUCAACGCAUAUAAAUUCCACAGUUAUUUGUGGCUUCCCUUUAUUCCACUAGUGAUGCUAUUACUGGUGGGAACAAAGCUGCAAGCCAUAAUAACUCAGAUGUGCUUAGAUAGCCAUAACAAAUCUCACGUUGUUAUAGGGACUUUGCUUGUUCGGCCUAGUGACCGGUACUUCUGGUUUAAUAGGCCCAAAUUGAUUCUACACAUCAUACACUUCAUACUGGUUCAGAAUUCAUUUCAGUUGGCAUUCUUCACAUGGACUUGGUACAAGUUUGGAUUAAGAUCUUGCUUCCAUCGAGAAAACGAAGAUAUUAUCAUAAAGUUAGUGUUAGGAGUGUUAGCUCACGUCCUUUGCGGCUAUGUGACGUUGCCUCUUUAUGCUUUGGUCACACAGAUGGGAUCAUCAAUGAAGAAAGCUGUUUUCACAGAAAAUGUGGUUCAAGGUCUUAAAAACUGGCGACGCAGAGCUAGAAAAAAGUUGAAAUCUAGUCACUCUUCAGGACUUUCAGUUGAUGCUUCACUUGACACUUCACUUUCCCUUGACACUUCACCUUCUUUCACCCUUGAUACUUCAUAUUCCGUUGACUGCGAUCUUCAAUUUGAUGACACUGAAUAUGUUGCAGUUGAAAUUGAUGAAGAAAAAGUUAGCAAAAAACCAGAUGAACAUCAGAAGAUGAAUUCAUUUGAUGGUUUUGCUUUGGCCAAUGUAACGCCAAAGUUUGAAGAGAAAAAAUAGGCCUAUAUCUGGAGGGUAGUUUAUUUGGUAUGCCCACAUUGGUGAAUUAAUGUUAUAUUUAUGAUGAUUUUGCUGCUAUGGGCAAAAAUAUAUAGAGAUUGUACAGGUUGUAAUUUCCUUUAUUCUUUUUGGUUUGACAUUAUUCAAAGAAGAGCUUAGGAAGCAUUUGAU